AUGUGGCGGAGGUUUUGCGUGCAGCGGGUUGCGGUUUGUCUUCAGGGACAUGCACCCACACUUUGGGCUUCUUUACUGCAGCCCACGUGUGUAUUGUUUUCCUCUGGGAAUAUGGAAGAAAGGCGGAAAGGGAUGCGAGGGCGGUGGGGUCGGGAUGGGGAUCCCGCUGCCAGUAUGGAAGAAAGGGAGAGCCCUGAAGAUCUUGCCAGUGAAGUGAAGGCAACGAGGAAUGAAUCUCAGCUUAUGGCAGCAGACAUGCAACAACCCGGAAGCGAGCAUCGUGCCGAGGCAGGCAGAAGGGACUGGACGGAACCUUCGCUGGAGGAGUUGGAUCGCUCCAUACCUCAGGUCGACUGUGCGUUUAUCGCCAACCUCAUCCGUGCCCGCACCGAACGCCGGAAAGAAUUUCUGCAUAAAAAAGCGAAAGUGAAGGCAAAGGUUGUAUCGUUAAGCAAACGCCAGGCGUCGUCUGUGUUGGAGGCUGCAAGGUUCCCCAUCCUUGGUUUUAACAGGAGCAGGAGUAGUAGUAAUAAUAGUAAUAAUGUUGGUGGUGACGGUAUCACCGCGAUGAAUAAUGGCAGUGGUGUUGAUGAUGAAUAUUCCUCCUUUGCUGCUUCACCGGCGGUUCUUUCACAACUGACCGAUGAUGAACGGGAUGUUUUUUUGUCAUCCCGUCCGGAGUAUGACGACGGCUUUGUUUUGCUUGACUGCCGUACUGUAAAUGAGGUAACAUCAUGGGGAAUGAUUGAGGGGGCGAAGCUGCUACCGGCUCACGAGAUGUUUGAAGGCUUUCACCUCACACCGGAGGAGUUUGAGGUGGAGUUUGGAUUUGCAAAACCGCGUCCAGAGCAGAAAAUUAUUUGUUACUGCCAGUACGGUCCUCGAGCUUUAAUGGCGGCGCAAAUACUGAGUUGGAUGGGCUAUACAAAUGUUCUGCACUUCCGGGAUGGAUAUUACGAGUGGGGGAAGCAGUAUAAUCUGCUAUUACGGCGUUGGAUGCUGCAUGACAAGGAAUCGGGCAAUGAAAUUAAACGACAGGUGGCGUUUCAGGCGGGACUUGAGCUGCAACGUGAGAUUGCGCCGGAGUUUAACGCACUGCCAAUGCAGGAGGCCGCCCGGUACAAAAUUGACACAACGCGCAGUCGAGGAAAAAUACUUGUGGGAGACGGAGUGCGUGAGGAGGCAUGUAAACAGGUGGCUGAGCUUGUCUCUGGCAUGCAGCCACCGCUGCUACCCGGUGUACUGGACGACGCCGAUCGUGCCGCUGGCCAAACAGAUGGCGGUGCGGUUGGAAAACGUGAGGAACAUCUUCAGCGCUUUCUUCAGCAAACGACAGGGUUAGACUCGCGAGAAGACACACGACCGUCAAUGAGCGUGGCGGAGGCACAGCAAAAAGUUAUGGAUGCCUUUACACGUCGUGACGGAGGAAGUCACCCACAACACCACUAA